AUGUCUUCACCUGCUGCUGCCGCUCAAACCAUACGUAGACGUACCUCAGCAAACCCAACCAUCAGGCCAACUAAUCCUCGUACUUCAAGCGCUUUCGCGACAACAUUCCAAGAUGGAGCCGUAGCUGUGAAAUGGGCGGAAAACGAAUUCGCUCAAGUCAAACAUGAACUUUCAGAACAUGAUCAUUCACUCAACCAGCUUAAUCUUCACCGCUCAGAUACGAAGUCGACUCUGGAAGACGACAAAGAAGCACAACUUCAAGAUAUCAAUGAAUUUGAUUUGUUGGACUUCUUGCGUGGAGAAAAUCAAACCAUGCAGGCUCAUGGUUUCCGCCACAAAAAAGUCGGCGUGAUUUUUUCAGAUCUUGCUGUCAAUGGCAUGGGCGGCGCAAAACUCUCUAUUCGAACGUCUCCGGUUGCGAUCAAAGAUCAUCUUCUUCUCCCAUUCACGAUGCUUAUGAGUCACUUCAAGAAGCCAACUUCAAAGGCAAUUCUUUCUGGCUUCAAUGGAAUCGUCCGACCUGGUGAAAUGUGUCUUGUGCUAGGUCGACCCAAUGCAGGCUGCUCUACCUUCUUGAAGGUGAUUGCAAACCAGCGUGGAGGUUUCACGGAUGUGACCGGCAAGGUCGAAUAUGGUGGGAUAGAUUCUCAAACUAUGGACAAGCUAUACAAGGGAGAAACUGUUUAUAAUGCUGAGGACGAUAUACAUCAUCCUACCCUUACAGUCGGACAGACUCUAGAUUUUGCUCUUUCAACAAGAACACCAGCAAAGAGGCUUCCCGAAGACACCAAAAAAAUAUUCAAAGCAAAAGUUCUCGAUUUGUUGCUUCGUAUGUUGGGUAUAGCGCAUACCAAAGAUACAUGUUUGCAUAUUUUCUCUUCCACGCACUACCCGUCAUGGAUUCCGAAUGUUGGAAACGAAUCCUUUCGCGGUGUAUCAGGUGGAGAACGAAAGCGUGUAUCAAUAGCCGAAAUGAUGUCCAAUAAGGCUUGUGUACUAUCUUGGGAUAACUCAACUAGAGGUCUUGACGCCUCUACGGCACUUCAAUACGCUAGUUCACUCAGGAUCUUUACAAACGUUUUCAAGACGACCAUGUUUGUGACACUAUACCAAGCCGGUGAAGGUAUUUUUGAACAAUUCGAUAAAGUAUGCCUUAUCAGUGAAGGCCGUCAAGUCUACUUCGGUCCUGCCUCUGAAGCUCGAGCUUAUAUGGUGGGAUUGGGAUACAAGAAUCUUCCUCGACAGACUACCGCUGAUUACCUAACUGGCUGCACUGAUCCGAACGAGAGGCAGUUCCAAGAGGGUCUAGAUGUAGCAACUAUACCAAAGACACCUCAGGAGAUGGAAGCAGCCUAUCUGAAAAGUGACCUUGCUGAACGAAAUCGGGCUGACAUGACGGCCUACCGAGCACAGAAAAAUCUCGCCACAGACUCGCAUCCAAGAGGUUGGUCCACAACACUAAUUAUCUCGGUCGUGGUAGGAAGCGUGUUUUUCGAUUUGCCUAAAUCUUCCUCAGGAGCGUUCACUAGGGGUGGAGUGAUCUUUCUGUCUUUGAUGUUCAGUAUUUUCAUCGCCUUGGCAGAAAUUCCUGCGCAGUUGGUGGGCCGGCCAAUCAUUUGGAGGCAGACCUCUUUCUGCUUUUAUCGUGGCGGGGCACUUGCGAUAGCCACUACUCUGGCUGAUAUCCCAUUUUCCGCCCCCAAACUGUUUGGCAUGUGUAUAAUCCUAUACUUCAUGGCAGGUCUUGUCGUAAAUGCGGGGGCUUUUUUCACCUACUUUCUGAUCGUCUAUAUGACCUACCUCACAAUCAGUACCCUCUUCAGGUUAUUGGGAGCCAUCUCGUCCACUUUUGAUGGCGCAUCUCGUAUGUCCAGUUGUCUGUUCAUGAUCAUGGUUCUCUACAGUGGCUACAUGAUCCCUCAACAAGCCAUGAAGCGCUGGCUGGUUUGGUUGUUGUAUCUCAAUCCGGUCAAUUACUCUUUCGGAAUCAAACUCAUCUCUCCGUGUCCUCCCACAACCUACCAUCUUACAACAGAGGCCCUAAUGGGAAACGAGUUUGGGCGUAUCGAAAUGCCUUGUGACGGAGAUUCCAUCAUCCCGCGUGGGCCCGGUUACCCCUCUGAUCUUGGCGCAAAUCAGGUCUGUAUAUUUGCUGGUGCCCGUCCAGGUAUCACUAAUGUACGCGGGGAGGACCAUAUCGUCGCAGCAUACUCUUAUAAGUCGGAAAACGUCUGGAGAAAUUUUGCGAUUCUGAUCAUAUACUUUGCCGCAUUUCUUCUCUUUUUCUUCAUGGCAACGGACAGAAUGUCAUCAGCCGCAGGAGGUGCAUCAUUCAUGUCGUUUGCCAAAGAAAACAAGGAACGCAAAAAGUUGAAUGAGAAACUGGAUUCGCGCAAGGAUGCUUUCAGAAAUGGAACAGCUCAACAAGAUAUGAGUGGGCUUAUAACUACUCGGAGACCAUUCACAUGGGAAGCAUUGACAUACGAUGUCAAAGUACCGGGUGGGACGAAUAGACUCCUAAAUGAGAUUUAUGGCUAUGUUAAACCUGGAACUCUCACUGCUUUGAUGGGAUCCUCAGGUGCUGGAAAAACCACUCUGCUCGAUGUCUUGGCCAACCGCAAAAAUACUGGUGUGAUUGGAGGCCAGAGAUGUAUCUCAGGACGUGAACCGGGACCAGAAUUCCGACGUGGAACCGGUUAUUGCGAACAGCAAGAUGUGCACGAGCCGACUGCGACAAUAAGAGAGGCUUUCAGAUUCUCAGCUCAUCUGAGACAACCUGCAGAUGUUCCAGUUGAAGAAAAAAACGCAUAUGUGGAAGAGAUCAUCCAGCUGCUAGAAUUGGAAGAGUUUGCAGAUGCUAUGAUCGGAUUUCCUGGCUUCGGAUUGGGAGUUGAAGCAAGAAAACGGGUUACAAUCGGUGUCGAGCUUGCUGCCAAACCCCAAUUGCUACUUUUCCUUGAUGAACCUACUUCCGGAUUGGAUGGACAGAGUGCUUUCAACAUCGUCCGAUUUUUGAAAAAAUUGGCAGCAGCAGGCCAGACUAUUCUCUGUACGAUCCAUCAGCCUAACGCACUUCUUUUCGAGACCUUUGAUCGGCUUUUACUCUUGAAGAGAGGAGGUAGAUGUGUGUACUUCGGCGACGUCGGGCAAGACUCUCAUGCAAUCCGCGCCUACUUUGAGAAGAACGGAGCUCGUUGUCCGAAUGAUGCCAAUCCAGCAGAAUUUAUGUUGGAAGCAAUGGGUGCUGGAAACGGCCGUCAGAUGGGAGGUGACAAAGAUUGGGCAGAUAGGUGGCUGGAUAGUGAAGAGCACGCCGAGAAUCAACGCGAGAUCUUGCGCCUGAAAGAGGAAGCACUCGCAGACCCGCUUCAAUCUUCGAAUCAAAAAGUCAUCAAUUAUCCAGGUUUCGGACUCCAAUUGAAAACAGUGGCCAAGAGGACUAACGUCGCCUUUUUCCGUACUCCUGAUUACCAAUUAACGCGGCUUUAUGUUCACCUUUUCAUUGGGUUCAUCGUCGGUAUCACCUUCCUGGAUGUGAAUGGGGCAGUCACCGCGUCGGCCCUGCAAAAUCGAGUUUUUGGAAUUUUUCUUUCUACUUUCUUGGUAGCCUUUAUCAUUGUCGAGGUCGAGCCCAUGUACAUCAUGGCUCGGACAGUUUUCCUUCGAGAGCUAGCUUCCAAGACAUAUACAGAAGAAGUAUUUGCAAUCAGUCAGUUUUUGGCGGAGAUUCCGAACUCGACUCUAUCGGCCAUAGUAUAUUAUAUACUUUGGUACUUCCUUUCGGGGUCCAAUGCCUCAAGCAGCAGAGCUGGCUAUGCAGUCUUCAUGAUCUGGCUCCUGGAGAUGUUCGCUGUGACCCUGGGGCAAGGUAUCGCGGCCUUGUCCCCCAGCGUUUUCAUCGCGAUGCAAAUUAAUCCUACAGUGAUGACGGUGUUGACCCUGUUCUGUGGUAUCAUUAUACCACAGCCCCAGAUCAAAGCUUUUUGGCGACAAUACGACUCCCUGCUGAUUACUAUUCACGGCUUUUCAGGGAUGUACAACUUGGAUCCCAUGACUCGAAUGAUGGCCGGACUAGUUGUGAAUGAACUCCAUGAUUUGACUGUCACUUGUGGUUCGGAAGAAUUUUCCAAAAUCCAACCGCCUGCUGGGAAAACAUGCGGUGAAUGGCUUUCUAACUUUACAUCGACAUUGGGGGGUGCUGUACAAAAUGCGACAGCCACUUCAGAUUGCAAUUUUUGUCGGUAUGCUACCGGGGACGAUUAUCUCCGUCCUCUGAACUAUUCCUUUUCCAAUCGAUGGAGAGACCUGGUGAUCAUGGCGUGCUUUUGCAUUUUCAACUUGAUGAUUACCGUUUCAGCAGCGAAAAUUUUAACAUCUAGAUAUUCGAACAGAUAA